GACCCACGGCGAACGUGUGAACUAAAUUUGACAGGUUGAAGAGCUUUGUUAAAUUUUAUUAAAUAAUCCACGUUUAUAUUGUUGUUUACUAUGCCAAAAGUAUUGGAAAGUGCAGCUCGAGAGGUGAUUUUCAAAGUGAAGUUAUUUUGUGAAGCGGAAAAGAAAAAUAAAGAUGUUCUGAUCCCAAUAAUGAAUGUUAUGUCUCGAGUGGCCGCCAUGACCGGUGUGUCAAAACAAAUUGUGUCUAAGAUUAUAAAAGAGGACAACAUAGUAACCAAAAGAUCCAGUAAAAAUGAGUCUCACGGGAAGAGUCGACCACAUGCAAAAAAAAAAGUUGCAAAAAAGAUACGAAAAAAAAAGGUAGUAGAAAAAGAUAUUGCACAAAGCACAGAAGAAAUAAUCACAUUGCCCGAAGCUGCUUAUGAAAUAAUUAUUCCAGCAGAAUCGAGUAGGCAAAGCUUAGACGAACAGUGUCAGGAAGGUACGUUCGGGACUAUAAAUUCUACGGAAAGCGGCAGAGAUACAGUUUCCGACCAUUCAAACAUCGAUAAUGAUAAAAAAAUUACAGUUACUAGAGCAUUAAGUGAUCAUAAUUACUUAUAAGCAAUAUAAUUUUGUAAGUUUGUUGAUGAUAAUGUUAUUAACUAUAUAAAAUAAAAGUUUUUUUUAUCAUA